AGCAGAUCCCAUCGAAAUAAAUUAAUAAAUUCACCAUACGAGCUUUCUUCUUAAAACCCUCGAGAGAAUUCACCUUCUCUUUUGCUUCGAUUGAUAUAUUUUUAUUUUUCUUUCUUAUAAUUUUUUUUUUUUGGAACAGAACUGUAAGAAAGAAAGAGAGAGAGACAGACAGAAAAGAAAGAAAGAGAAAGCAAGAAAAGGGCGUCCUAUGCUAGGGGACUCAAGUAGUAGUGUGCUAGCAACCACAACAGCCGCCGCUGCUGCUACUGCUGGUGGUGGUGGUGGUGCUGGUGGUGGAAGCAGCGGUGAAGCUCCUCCUCCUCAUCUUAACCAGCUACUCACUGGUGGUGGUGGUGGUGGUGGUGAAAUUAACACUGCUAGCGAAGUUGGUCAUGUGGGUUCUAAUAAUUCAGGUGAUGAAGAUAAAGGAGGAAACGGCGGCGGUGUUGGUGUUGGUGGUGGUGAUGAUGGUGACCGGAGCUUUGGUGGUAACCGGUGGCCUAGACAAGAAACUUUGGCUCUUUUGAAAAUAAGGUCCGAUAUGGACGUGUCGUUUCGCGAUGCCAGUGUAAAGGGUCCUUUAUGGGAAGAGGUUUCCAGAUGGGAUACAAAGAGUUUUUUUCUUUUGUUGGAAACUGGUGAUUGCAGGAAGUUAGCAGAGCUUGGUUAUAAUCGAAGCGCAAAGAAAUGCAAAGAGAAAUUCGAAAACGUUUAUAAGUAUCACAAGAGAACCAAAGAAAGCCGAACUGGUAAACAAGAAGGAAAGACGUAUAGAUUUUUCGAUCAAUUAGAAGCAUUUGAACAUCAUCCUCUCUCAUUUUCUUCAUCCCAACCGCAGCCACAGCCACAGCCGCCGUCACAGCCACCACAGCCGAAGCCUCAAGCUCCGGCGGUAACAACAAUAGCAAUGCCAAUCGUUAAUCAUCCUCAUACUCUUUCUACUGUUCCAUCGACAUCAAUAGCGACGGGUACGACCACCACGGCAGCAACUGCCACAUUAGCUACACAUGUAUCACAUCAUCAUCAUCUUCAAGGCAUUGUUACAACAGGAAUAAAUCUAACAAUUCCUUCGGUGCAACCGACAAACCCUACUGUCUUACCCUCUGCGCAAGCAACAAACCCUAUUCAGUCUUUGUCACCGGAUCUUUUCUCGAAUUCGACUUCUUCUUCUUCUACGUCCUCGGAUGUGGAGCUACAAGGGCGGCGAAAGAGGAAAAGGAAAUGGAAGGAUUUUUUUGAAAGGCUAAUGAAAGAAGUGGUGCAUAAGCAAGAGGAUAUGCAAAGGAAAUUCUUGGAGGCAAUUGAGAAACGCGAACAUGAUAGAAUUGUUAGAGAAGAAUCUUGGAGAAUGCAAGAAAUGGCAAGAAUUAAUAGAGAACGUGAAAUUUUAGCACAAGAAAGAUCAAUAGCAGCUGCCAAGGAUGCUGCCGUGAUGGCAUUUUUACAAAAACUUUCCGAGCAACAAAAUCCAGGCCAAGUACUAAAUAUUCCACCACCAGUACAACCACCACAGCCACCGCCAUCGCAUCCACAACCUCAACCACCACCGCAACCAGUAAUACCAACACCAACACCAGCAUCAGCACCAGCACCAGCACCACAACCGUUACCCAUUACACCAGUUGCAUCAACAUCACCACUGGUACAGACGGUUACAACUCUGGACACGAAAUCUGAUAAUGGGGAUCAGACGCUUGCACAAGCAAGUUCAUCAAGAUGGCCUAGAGUAGAAGUGCAAGCUUUAAUUAAGUUAAGGACAAAUCUUGAUUCGAAAUAUCAAGAAAAUGGACCAAAAGGCCCAUUAUGGGAAGAGAUUUCAGCGGGAAUGAGAAAGCUCGGGUAUAAUAGAAGUGCAAAGAGAUGCAAAGAGAAAUGGGAAAAUAUAAACAAGUAUUUCAAGAAAGUGAAAGAGAGUAACAAGAGAAGGCCUGAAGAUUCAAAAACAUGUCCAUACUUUCACCAACUUGAUGCUUUGUAUAAAGAAAAGCACAAGACUUGUGAUGGCAUUGGUUCUUCUUCGUCAAAUAUUCAAUUGAAGCCGGAAAAUUCAGUGCCUCUAAUGGUACGGCCGGAGCAGCAAUGGCCACCGGCGCCUUCUCAACAUGGAGUUGAUACGGUUAUGGAGGAUUUGGAAAGUGAUGAUCAUCAAAAUCAUCAAGAUGAUGAUGAUAAAGAUAAUGAUGAUGAUGAUGAUGAUGAUGAUGAAGCUGGAGGAUAUGAAAUUGUACCAAAUAGACCUACAUCAAUGAGCUCAACUGGGUGAGAGUUUAACUUUUAUUCUUUUUGCAAAAGUGGAACGAUGGUGGUGGGUCAGAUUCCGGCAACCGUGAAUUGGGGUGGAGGAAUCAAAAAUCUGUAAGCAAGAACAGAUGGAGGUGAGAUUGUAGUUAGCAUAUAGUCAGUGGAUUAUAUGUUUAAUUAUUUUUAUAAUUUAUUUAUUUUUUUGCUAAAUAAAUAAGAGAGACAAAAGAGAGAAAGAAAGAGAGAGAGGUCAGAAAGAGGUUCAGGUUCCAAAGAAUAAAUAGAAAUGAGACUAGUGUUGUAUUUUUGUUUAUUUCUCUUUUUCAUGCUCUUGUAAAUGUUAGAAAUGUUUGUUUCUGGUCU